UUCUCUCUCUCUCGUUAAGCUAAAUAGUAAAUAAUACUGGAACAACAAAAAAGGAAAACAAAUAGAAGAGAAAAGCAGGAAUGUUCAUCUUCUCUUCAUUCUGAAACUUCACCUUAACAGUUCACAUUGGGAGUUAUGGGUGGGGUGACUUCGUCUAUGGCUGCUAAAUUUGCCUUUUUCCCACCAAACCCGCCGUCCUACAAGCUAAAUACCAAGGAUGCCACUGGUCUCUUGCUCAUGGACCCCUUCCCUCACCGUGAAAACAUCGACGUUUUACGCUUGCCCACUCGUCGCGGCACUGAGAUCGCGGCCGUCUAUGUCAGGUACCCCAUGGCCACCACUACUCUUUUGUACUCUCAUGGCAAUGCAGCUGAUAUCGGCCAGAUGUACGAGCUCUUCAUCGAAUUGAGUAUUCACUUGCGUGUUAAUCUCAUGGGAUAUGACUACUCCGGCUAUGGGCAGUCAUCGGGAAAGCCCACUGAGCAGAAUACUUAUGCAGAUAUUGAAGCUGCAUACAAGUGUCUAGAAGAAAGCUAUGGUGCUAAUCAGGAAAACAUCAUCCUUUAUGGUCAGUCUGUUGGAAGUGGACCUACUUUGGAUCUUGCAGCCCGUUUGCCUCGACUAAGAGCUGUUGUUCUACAUAGUCCCAUACUUUCAGGAUUAAGAGUCAUGUAUCCUGUAAAGCGCACUUACUGGUUUGACAUCUAUAAGAACAUUGAUAAAAUCCCGUUGGUAAAGUGCCCUGUACUGAUUAUUCAUGGUACUUCUGAUGAGGUUGUUGAUUGCUCUCAUGGAAAGCAACUUUGGGAACUAUGCCAAGAGAAAUAUGAACCCUUGUGGCUCAAAGGAGGAAAUCACUGUGAUCUGGAACUCUUUCCAGAAUACCUUAGGCAUCUCAAGAAAUUUAUAUCAAGUGUUGAAAAAGCACCUUCACGAAGGAGCAGUUCACGUAGGAGCGUUGACGGGCUUGAACAUUCCAGACGGAGUACAGAUUGUUUCGAAGCACCAAGGAAGAGUACAGAUCGCAGAGAAAAACCAAGAAAAAGCACAGACAGGCCUGAAAAACUCAGACUUCAUGAGUACAAAUUUAACAAUAUUGACAAGCUAGAAAAGUUAAGAGUCCCUUUGGACCAGAUGGAUAGGUCUCGGAGAAGUGUGGAAUACCAUGAGAAAUCUAGGAGAAGCAUCGAUCAACAGCUAGAAAGAGCACGGAAGAGUGUGGACUGGUUGGAUCGAAUUCGAGCUGGUUAAAUACAUCAAGUCAUUUAUUAAGACUUUUAGACUGAUUGAGUUUGUGAUGGAGAGAUGGGGAUAGCAAGAAAAAGAUGGGGAAAAUUAUUUGGGAUUAAACAUUUUUAACUUAAUGAUUUUUACAAUGUGUAUUCUGGUGUUGUAUAAUGACUAUGUCAUGGUUUGUAGAGUUUGGUAUAUUGGGUUUCAACAUCCUUCAUUGCUAAUGAAACAACACUAACUUUUUUUCA